UGAUGCGGCACACGCUGCUGCUGCUGGAGGAGGGACCUAUACAGCAGCAGCAGCCGGUGGUGGUACCCGGGGAGCAGCAGCAGCAGCAGAGCCGGUUACACAACCUCCCACACUCACUGCCUGAUGGCCGGCUACCGGGCCCAUCGUAUGCAUAUAUGCAGUGUGAGCUGUACAUACACGCAGUGCUCUGCCAGCUGAGGAGCCCAGCUACAGUGAUGACACGGCCAUAGUACCCUGGCAGCUCUGCACAAUACAGACUGUGACACCAGCAUCACCAGCAGACAUGAAGAUCUGGAGCUCCGAGCAUGUCUUCAGUCAUCCAUGGGAUACAGUUAUUAAGGCUGCCAUGAGGAAAUACCCUAAUCCCAUGAAUCCUUGUGUAGUAGGGGUUGAUGUUGUUGACCGGAAUCUGGAUACCCAAGGAAGACUACAUAGCCAUCGCCUCCUCAGCACGGAGUGGCGGCUGCCGAGCAUUGUGAGGGCAAUUCUUGGGACCAGCAGAACGCUGACAUACAUUAAGGAACAUUCAGUAGUGGAUCCAAUAGAGAAGAAAAUGGUUUUAUGUUCAACAAAUAUUUCACUCACAAAUUUGGUGUCUGUUGAUGAAAGGUUGGUUUACACUCCUCACCAUGAAAAUCCAGACGAGACAGUACUGAUCCAAGAAGCCAUAAUUACAGUUAAAGGCGUCAGCCUAAGCAGCUACUUGGAAGGAUUAAUGGCUAACACAAUUUCAUCGAAUGCUAGGAAGGGGUGGGAUGCAAUUGAAUGGAUCAUUCAAAAUUCUGAGAGCACAGUAAGCUGACAGUGUCUGCCUCUGAUGUUUAUACUAACUAGAGAUUACACAGAGCACCACAAGGAGGAAGACGCAUGGAAAUAGCUUCUACAAAAGGAACAUAUCUUAUAUAUGACCAACAUUUUGUAACAACCACUUCAUUUGUCUUAUUUAAAAAUAUUUUUGGUUAAUAUUUUGUACAUUUUUUUUAACAGACCAUUAUUUGCAAUAAAUGAGUAGUAAUGUGUACUGAA